AUGAUUCAAUAUUCAUAUAACACACAAAUCGAUAUUAUUGAUGAUAAUGAUACUACUACUGAUAUUGCAGACCUAGCAUAUAAGUCGGCAUAUAAUUAUAAUAAAACAUUUAAUUCUAAUUCUAGUCAUAACUCUAAUACAACAUCAAGAGAGUACGUUGUUUCAAGAGAAGAUUUUCUACUUUUACAAAGGAUUAAAGCCCAACAAAGAUUAAAUAAAGAAAAUUUGCAGCUUAACAAAAACAAUGAAGAUAUAUCGUCUAGUAGGCAAUUGGCACAAGAACUCUUAGCAAGGGAUCAUACUUAUAAUAACGUAGAUGACCGUGGUAAUAUUGUAGAUAUGGUCCCUACACUACCUCCAAGAAAACCAAAAGAACUCAGUAACAUUAAUCCGUAUGAGGAAAGAUUUCAAAGGUACACUAAAUCAAAAUAUACCGUAAAGAAUAUAGAAGGUGAUGAAAAGGAAGAGCGAAACGAUAAUUUUGGCAAUGAAAGAAGACCAGAAUUACCAAGACGAAAAACUGACAUCUUGGAAAGGUUUCAAUCCAAUACAAAGCAGUCUACGAAAAGCAGAAAACCAGAAGGAAUAGUAUUUGGGAUAGUUAACAUUAAACAUGAAAAAGAAAUAGAUUUGAUUGAUAUUUCCGAUGAUGACAACGAUAUGAACUCUCGAAUAGAAGAAAACAAUAAACCAAAAUCAACUAUGAAUCCAAUUGUCAAUAGAGCUUCAAAACCAGUAAACUUUCUUGAUUCAUUACAAAAUAGAAAUUUAGCAAUGAGCCAAAACCAGGAAGAUUUGGUGAAAACUACUUCAAAAGCUUCGACACAUAGGAUGCUGGAUUACUUGGAAUCCUUACAACAAAAUCCUAACACUACUAUUACAACAAAAAAAGAAACAGUCUCUAAACCACUUAUAUCUAGUCCAAAUCAUGUGGAUUAUUUAGAUUCUAUGCAAGAGAAUCGAUCCACAAUAAUAACAAAACAUCCACAACAAUCUAGUUUUCCUUCUAAUUACAAAAAAUUUAAUAGUUCAAAAUCUAAUCAAAAAUCAACAAUUGAAUCCAACACUGAAAGAUUUAUUGAAUCUGCACUAAAGAAAUCUGAAUCAAACCAUUCACUUUCGUUGAAAAAGAAACCUUUGUUGCCAAACAAACCUAAUACUUUAAUAAAUUUCCAAAUCAAUUCAUCACCAAAGAAAAUAAUAACAAAUAAUAAAAAGGAAGAAACCUCAAAUAACGAUCAUUAUAUUAAACUACCUCAAUUACGUAAAAUUGAAAAACCACAAAUAGGCAAUUCUUUAGAAAAGAAAAAUCAAAUUCAAGAAUAUAUAGGUAUACCUGAAUUAAAAUCAGUUAAAAAAAAUAAGACUCUACCACCCCCUGUGAAUAAAGAUACCAAACCUAUGUAUAUUGAAUUACCAAAAUUAAAAUCACUUAAGAAGGACAAAACCCUACCACCUCCUGUGAAUAAAAAUACUAAACCGAAUUUACCUGAGGCGUUGAUAAAACAUGCUAAUUUAAAGACUAAUGAUAAUUUCCCAAACAGGCAUAUAAUUAAAUCCAAAACUGCCCCUGCAAUCCCGUCAAGAAAAAUAUCUAUGCCUGAAGCAUUGAAAAGAGCCAAAGAAUUAAGAGAAAAUAGAAACAAGAAAGCUGUAAAUAACGAUAUACCAACAGAAACAAAUACUACUAUCACGCCCACUAGUGAUAUUCUUAACAUUAAUUCGGACUCUGAUAAGUCCUUGUCAAUUGAGGAUAAACUCUCUAAAAUACUUCUCUUACAAAAAAGACAUACAGUCAACGAAGAAAACCCUAGUCACUUUUUUACAUAUACUCCUACUUCCUCCAACAGCAUCCCAUCUCCAUCAACAUCGAAUAUCUCCCUAUCUAUUUCUUCUGAAAAUAGUACACCUUCAUUGAAUCACCCAACCAAAAAACGUGCAAAGGGUCCGAAGAGAAAAUUACCAACAAAGAUAUAG